UAUUAGGAACAUAAUUUCGGGGAAUUCGGAAAUAACAUAUAUCUGGCAGCAAUGGUUUGCUACAGAAACUAUUUUUUUGCUUUCUCUUUGCUUUUUACUUAUUCUUAAAAACUAUAUUUUUGUGAUUUAUUUCUUAAAAAUUUAAGAAAAUAGAUUAGGUAAAUGGAUUUAGCUGGACACACCUUUUUAAGCUAAAUACAAUUGCACAAUAGUUUUGGGAAAACAAAAGAUUUGGAUAAGGUAACUGCACCCACCACGAAGAACGGAUGUGAAAAACACAUAUUCGAACAAAAAUAGAACAACCUCUUACCGCUCCAAAAAUUAUUUAUUUUAGUUAAUAAAUCCAGCGUAAUGUCCCAACAAAAUGAAAUUUUAAGCAGUACAUCCACAAAUUCUGAUGUGCGUUCAACUAAUGCAAGCAAAAUGUUGGAAGCAGCGCUGCAACAAAUGGAUGGCAUAAUAUCAGGAAACAACAAUUUAAGUGAUUCUGGUGAUGGUAAAAAAUCUCUGGUUAAUCCUAGUGUGACAAUUAAUGCAGAACGUAGUUUGAUUUCUGUAAACAAUGUACUGUCAACCGCUAAGACUCUAGCCUUAGCUCUUCAACAGGUAGGAUUUGCUGCACCUAUACCAGAUUCAGCUACUGUAUCCGUGAUAAGUGAUUGGUUAGAAAUGCAUAUUCCUCGCCAAGAUGCUGAUGAGCGGUUAAGACGAUUGCAGCGGGAUAAAGAAGCAUUGGCUAUUCAAUAUCAACUGCUAGCCGAUCGAGUUUCUGAGCAAGCUGAUAAAAUUAUUGAAUUAGAGGGUUUACUUCAAGAUAAAACGCAAUUAUUAAACGACAGAGAUGAGCAAUUGCAACGUUUAAUGCUUUCGAGGUCUUCCUUAGAAACUCAAAAAUUAGAAUUGAUGUCAGCUCUUAGCGAGUUAAAGCUUCAUAGAGCGGCUUUGGAGCGUGAAAAUGUAGAACUGCGCGAAUGGGAAAGUAAAAAUCACAAUAAUAGCCCAACUAAAUUAUUAACACCAAAGGGGAUAACUUUUGGUAGUAUGGGUAAUUUAAAUCAAAUAUACUUCAACAGUAAUGAAAGUGUUAGAUCUCCUAAAACACCUCCUGUGUCAUUACGUCAUCAGAUACACCCUCAAUAUCAUAGUUUACCACGAGCUCGUAACAACAAGCUUAGCGCCGACAACGGCCCCAGCAAUUUUAUAAAUUCGGAAAAUAACAACCAAUUUGAUAGAAACGCAAAUAUGCAGCGACAACGUAAUGUUGCUUUUGCAUCCCAAGAAAAAAUACUUAUUGGAGAUUCGGCAACAACUUUCUCUGAAACAGAACAUGAUGAAAUUAAAUGUCAAGAGGAUGCUACUUAUUGUAUGUCAUCACCUAACAUUCGUGAAAGAUCAGCAAAAGGAUUAAAAGGUAUUUUAGGAAAAUUGAGACGAAGCAAUAGCGGAAGUUUAGAAUUGCCAGCUUUAAAGAAUGAGGAAUCAGCUUUUAAAAGAGGAGUUGUUACACGUGCCACAGCAGGAGGCCGUAUUGAAUGGAACACUCAAUCUCCACAACUUUUAACUCCGUCGAAAGGAUAUACUGAGUGGACCCCCCAAGAAGUGUGCAAUUGGCUUACCGACCUCGGUCUUGGCUGUUAUUCUGAUGAUUGUAGAAAAUGGUUAAAUACGAACACCACCAUAUGUUUCUUCACCGUCUCUCCAGUUGAUAUAGAGCGAGAGUUAAAUUUGAAAUCAUCACUACAUCGAAAGAAAAUACUUCUUGCUAUUGAUGCACUGACAGGCAAAGAAGAUGAUCCACUUGCUUUAAAAGCUGCACAACUAGAUGCUAGUUGGGUUAUGCGUUGGUUAGAUGAUAUUGGUUUACCGCAAUAUAAAGAUCCUUUUUUAAUGGCUAAAAUUGAUGGAAGAAUGCUUCAUCGUUUAACUAUGGAGGAUUUAGCUCAUUUGCAUGUGUACUCCUGUUUACAUAUAGCGUCACUCCGUUGUGGUAUACAAUGCAUGCGUGAAAUAGAGUGGGACGCUGAUUGCCUUAUUCGCCGUUCGGCCGGAUCGGCACGGCCUACUUCUGAAGUCGAUGAUCAAUGCUUAGAGGAAGACAAACAUAUAGAAGAAAAUAUGGAAAACAUAUCUUUAUGGACCGCACAUCGGGUUAUGGAAUGGUUACGUGUUGCAGACUUAUCAGAGUACGCACCUAAUUUAAGAGGUGCUGGCGUACAUGGUGCAUUAAUGCUUUAUGAACAACGGUUCACUGCCGAUCUAUUGGCAGAUUUGCUCAGUAUACCUCCCAGUAAAACUUUAUUGCGUCGUCAUUUGGCCACACAUUUCAAAGAAUUACUUGGUCGUGAUAUAAUACAAAAUAAACGUGACGUUGAAUCCACUCCGGGUUAUCAACCAUUAACAAUAACUUCUAAGAUAAAACCACCAAAAAAGACGCAGUUCUCAUUAAAAAGAAGGAAAAGUAACAAAGGAAGUGGGGAUGUGGAUUGGACUGAUUAUGUCUGCCCUAUGUCGUCCUGCCUUCACAAAAAUGACCAAGAUAAGUCACUUUCACUGAGCCAUUCAAGUGGUUCCGGAAGAUAUUCUGGGAAUACAAGUCAGUAAUGGCAUAUAUUUUUAUAUAUGUUCCCUCGACAGUCGAGGGAACAUAGGAGGAACAGAUCCGGAUUAAUAUACAAUGAAAUGUUGUUAUUAUUACGGGCAAUAUUUUAUGACAUGACAAGAACAUGCCUAUAUAAAGUAUAAACAUUUUAUGUAAAGAAAUGCAUAUUACUUCUUUUGACCUUAACUUUUAUUUUGCUUCUAAUAUAUUUUAAAUUUUGUUUUAAACACAAUAUUCCCUUCAUUAGACAUUUGUUUAUUUAUUUAAAAUAUGUAUAAGAAACCGUUAACCAUGGUUUAGUUACUUACUAUCAAUCUUAUAUAUUUAUCAAGUCCACAACUUCCAGCGUUUUGUUCCCUGCUAUACGUACAAGACUUAAAAU